CGGUACAAACGGCGAGUGGUCGAGGUCUCAGCAGGUGAAAACAGGGCUCAUUAGCUAUCGACUCUUCGCUCGUGGCGGUCUGAGACACGAGAAAGCCGUCGCGCAUUUCGCAGAAUCGAGAGAAAACAACGACGAGACUCGUCUUUGUGCGUGUUUCACUUAAAACCGGGAAAAUACAAGGAAAAGGUAAAAGUCAAGUGAGAUUUGUCUGCUCGUCAGUGCGCUAGUUUUUUUCUUUCGUUUUCGUAUGUCGGAGGAUUGAUUUGCAAACCGUAUUGGGCCAAUGACAAUAAUCGGAGUCUGUUAAGGAUUGUUUUAAUAUUUUUAUUCAUCUUUUUGAUUUAAUCGAGAACGUACUAUGACAUAUGUGACGAAAUAUGUGGCGUUCUUGAUAUGUCAAGCUAUCGCAUUUGGAAGCAGUGUAGAUGAAGCCCAUUUAUCGUCGAAAAUUAGCGUUGGAGAAGACUCAAUUGUGUUUCCCAGCGAAUCAUCGAACGGCUUGAGUGAUAACCAACCUGGAAUUAAAAGAAUAGCAUUAGAUGGAAGCCUUCCUUCACAAGGUAUAGCAGGACAGGCAAAUGACAACCCAGAGUUACGGAACUACCCUUUGAGGGACUUUCAAGUGGAUACUGCCGCCAAUGUGGAUCCUCAAUAUGGCGAACAAUACACGAUCGAGUACAAGUAUCACAAUUUCGACAAGAUGACCAGAUUCUUACGUCAAACCACUGCCAGAUUUCCGUCCUUGACUGCCUUAUAUUCUAUAGGAAAAUCAAUUAGAGGUAGAGACCUAUGGGUAAUGGUUGUAUCUGCAUCACCGUAUGAACAUAUGAUUGGAAAGCCAGAUGUUAAGUAUAUCGGAAACAUCCACGGUAACGAAGCUGUAAGUCGCGAACUACUUCUACAACUUAUACAUUAUUUAGUGACGAGCUACAAUACAGAUCCUUAUAUAAAAUGGCUACUGGACAAUACAAGAAUUCAUAUCAUGCCUUCCAUGAAUCCUGAUGGUUUUGAAGUAUCUAAAGAAGGACAAUGUGAUGGAGCCCAAGGAAGAUAUAAUUCUCAAGGAUACGACUUGAACAGAAAUUUCCCUGAUUAUUUCAAGCAGAACAAUAGAAGAACCCAACCUGAAACUGAAGCUGUGAAGGAAUGGGUGAAGAAAAUUCAGUUUGUCCUCUCUGGCAGUCUUCAUGGCGGUGCUUUGGUCGCCAGCUAUCCUUUUGAUAAUACACCUAAUUCGCGAGUCUGCGCAUCUUCAGCUUUAUGUGCCAUGUUCACAUCCUAUACCCACACACCAUCAUUAACACCUGAUGACGACGUUUUCAAACAUCUGGCUCUAACUUAUUCCACUAACCAUGCUAAAAUGAGCAGAGGAGUUUCAUGUAAAACAUCACAAACAUCCUUUAAACGUGGUAUAACAAACGGUGCUGAAUGGUAUCCUUUAACCGGAGGUAUGCAAGACUAUAACUACGUAUGGUAUGGUUGCAUGGAGGUCACUUUGGAAGUUUCUUGUUGUAAAUAUCCUCCAGCUUAUGAGUUACCAAAAUACUGGGAAGACAAUAAAGUAGCAUUGAUAAAAUAUUUGGCAGAAGCUCACAGGGGUGUACAUGGAUUUGUGAUGGAUGAAUAUGGCAAUCCUGUCGAAAUGGCAUCUUUGAAGAUCAAAACAAGAGAUGUCGGUUUCCAAACCACGAAAUUUGGAGAAUUCUGGAGAAUAUUAAUGCCGGGAAUAUACAAACUUGAGGUCUAUGGAGAUGGAUUUGUACCGCGAGAAGUGGAAUUUAUGGUCGUCGAUGAUCAUCCAACAUUAUUAAACGUUACUUUACUGGCUGCCAAGAGACAGGACAGUCACUUCUACAGACAUCCGGCACAGACCAACUACAACAGAGGACAAUUUGCACAGGGACCCCAUCAACCGGUAGCCCAGGAAAGCGGCAUAUUCUCAACAAUAACAAACGGUCUCUCUAAUGUGUUCAAUUAUUUCGGAUAAUAUUUGUUGGUCCUUCGAGCAAACGAGCUUUAACUGAUAUCUCACUUAGAAGUGUUAAGACUUACUUUAGAUCUAAUGGGUAUUAAGCAAUAAUAGCAGAUGCGAUGUGGCUAUAAUAGCUUCGUAUAAUUUGCUAUGUUUAUUUUUAGUUUUCUUAUUAAAAAUGAUGCUGUUAGAAAUGCAUGUUGUCAUUUUUCUCUAAAAAAAAACUUUGGAUCUAGUAUAGCAAUACUUUUAGUUAUUUUGUCAUAUGUAUGCCUCAAUACAUUUGAUUGAGCAACAAGAGUAUUAUUAUAUAUUUAUUUUAUAUACAUAAAAAUAAAAAUUAAAAUUCCAUUUUGCUUAAAAUCUAAUUUGAAGAAUAAAACUAAGAAAUGUUUUAAAGGUAAAUGCCAGUUUAUGAAAGUUUUAUCCUUCAUAGAAUGAAUUAUCCUACAAUAAGAAAGAAAGAACAUCACAUUACAGUAGUCGUAUUUCCAAGAAUAUGUUACAUUUAUUUUACAAUAUUGUAAAAAAUAUUUAAAUAUUUUCUAAAACACUAUUUUUCACAAUUUGUGGAAAUCAUACGUUAUGAAUAAAUAGGCGCAACUCAUCAAAUAUAGGUAAACGACAGAGUUAGACCGCAUUUGGUGGAAAAGAAUUUCUAAAUACAAUAAAUCAUCGCAUGUACAGGGUGGGCCAAAUUGGGCGCUUUUAAAGGGAAACAUAUUUUUCUAUAGGGGAUAGAAAACUAAUAUCGGUGUCUGGAGCUCAAUUUUUAUCA